AUGUCUAUUACAAGCAAUUUGAAGGAGUUCUUCUCCUUGGGUGCUCUAGACACAAGAUUAGACCCUACAACGGCCCAGAAUAAGAGACAACAAGCAACUAAGAAAAAAGCCACCCCUUCCAAAUGGGGCACCAUAGAAUUCAAGUUUUACUACAUCGUCUUCAUCAUUGUUGUGCCAUUGAUGUUCAAGGCAGCUAGGGAAGCUUCAAACGAAACCAAUCCAAACUAUCCUCGAUUUGAACGGUUGUUGAGUAAAGGCUGGAUCUUCGGAAGGAAAGUUGACAAUUCGGACCAACAGUACAGAUUCUUUAGGGAUAAUUUGUUCCUCCUAUGUUUACUCGGUGUGAUCCACUUGCCAUUGAGGAGGGUGUUGACACCGGUAUUGUCAAUACGGAAAAGAACGCAUUUUGAUUUGGUUUUUGGCGUCAUUUUUUUGAUUGGAGCUCAUGGGAUGAAUGUAAUUAAGCUCUCCGCUCAUUUGGCAAUAAACUACGCAAUUGGGAAAUAUAUUAAACAACGCAAAGUAGCCAUUUGGACAACAUGGAUAUAUGGGGUCUCCACUUUGUUUUUGAAUGACUGGUAUGGAAUGCAAAAGUCGGGCAUUCUGUUUUUGGAUCUGGGUUUCAAAGGUAUCAUCGAAAGAUGGGAUGUCUUUUACAACUUCACCUUACUUCGAAUGAUAUCCUACAAUCUUGACUAUAUUGAACGAGAACAAACAUUGAGCAUACCAAGCGCAAAAGGUGGGUCAUUGAUUGACCUCAACGAUCGGGAAAGACUAACGGCUCCAUUACCGUUGGAAGACUACAAUGUAUUUAACUACAUCGCCUACGUGUUGUACACUCCCUUGUUCAUAGCAGGACCUGUAUUAACAUUCAAUGACUACGUAUACCAAUCGAACUAUCAACAAGCGGUCUCGGUCAAGGAUAAAAAAAGAAUCUUCAUCUACUUUCUCCGGUUUGUCUUUUGUUUAUUGGUUAUGGAAUUUAUCUUACACUUCAUGUAUGUGGUUGCCGUAUCCAAAACAAAAGCCUGGGAUGGUGACACUCCAUUUCAAAUAUCGAUGUUGGGGCUCUUCAAUUUAAACAUAAUCUGGUUGAAGCUUUUGAUACCGUGGAGGUUGUUUCGACUCUGGAGUUUAUUGGAUGGAAUCGACCCUCCAGAAAACAUGAUUCGUUGUAUGGACAAUAAUUUUUCAGCUCUUGCUUUUUGGAGAGCAUGGCAUCGAUCAUUCAACAGAUGGGUCAUCAGGUAUAUUUAUGUCCCCAUGGGAGGAGGAGGAAGUUACCGUAUAUUGAACAGCUUAUUGGUUUUCAGUUUUGUGGCAAUCUGGCAUGAUAUUGAGUUGAGAUUACUUAUGUGGGGCUGGUUGAUUGUUUUGUUUUUGAUUCCUGAACUUUCUGCCAGCAUGGUCUUUAGAAAGUACGAUCAAGAGUGGUGGUACAGGUAUUUAUGUGGGUUGGGAGCUGUGGUCAACAUAUGGAUGAUGAUGAUUGCAAAUCUUGUGGGCUUUUGUCUUGGUAAGGAUGGAACAUUGCAGUUGAUUCAAGAGAUUUUCAAAUCCGUUCUGGGUGUGUCAUUCUUCAUUGCGUCAUCAAUUUCGUUGUUUGUUGCUUCACAAGUGAUGUUUGAAUUACGACAGGCAGAGAGGAGAGAAGGUAUAGAUGUUAGGUGUUAG